GUUCACGGAAUUCACAACCUAGCAUGGGCCGGCACACCAGCAGAGGGAGCAGCGUGGCUGCGUGUGCAGCCCAUCACCACCACUUGGCACCGCAUCAUGCUCAUCCCCGUUAUGGGCGGGGUCGUUGUAGGCAUGCUGCACGCCCUCGGCGGCAUCAUAGAACAAAGCCAAAGCCCAUCCCAAGCCCAGGGCCAGAGCCGCGGGGCAACUCUACGUCUGGAGCAGCAAAGGGGAAUUGACUGGGGGGCGGCUUUUACACCCGUAAUUCGAGCCAUCCAAGCAGCAGUAACCCUAGGCACAGGCUCCUCCCUGGGACCUGAAGGGCCAAGUGUGGACAUAGGCAAGGCCUGGGCAGAUGGAAUGGCAGAGAUUUUGAUGAACACUCACGAGAGGAAAACAGCACUGGUGGCUGCUGGUGCAGCUGCAGGAAUUUCGUCGGGUUUCAAUGCGGCUGUAGCUGGGUGUUUUUUUGCCAUUGAAACGGUGCUACAGUCGGUUGCUUCGGAGAAUGCGCCCCCGCUUACCACUGCCAUGAUCAUCCUCGCUUCAGUGCUCUCCUCUACAGUGUCUAACGUCGUUCUGGGUGAAGAGCCUGCGUUUACUGUACCUGAGUACGAGCUGAAAUCUGCUGCUGAGUUGCCACUGUACCUGCUCCUGGGGAUGGUUUGUGGGGUUAUUUCGGUGAUAUUUACCCGAUUAAUCAAGUGGUCCACAGCCUUUUUCGACUUUCUGCGGGACCGGCUCGGGAUCCCGCCAGCUGUCACGCCGGCAUUGGGCGGCCUGUGUGUGGGGUUCAUAGCGCUACAGUACCCUGGCGUCUUGUACUGGGGUUUUAGUAACGUGAACGAGAUUUUGCAUUCGAGAGAGAGUGCUUCUGCCCCUGGUCCGAAGCUCAUGACUCAGCUGAUAGCAGCCAAGAUCGUUGCCACGGCUCUCUGCAGAGGCUCGGGCUUGGUAGGGGGAAUCUACGCCCCGAGCCUGUUCAUAGGUUCGGCGGUAGGCUCGGUGUAUGGGUCGCUGGCGGGUGCGGCUAUCCAGGCUGCCAUUCCUGGGAAGGCGGAGGUCGCGGCUCCACAGGCAUAUGCUCUGGUGGGCAUGGCAGCAAUGCUCGCCUCUGUGUGCUCUGUGCCUCUCACAUCCGUCUUGCUCCUCUUCGAGCUCACUAAGGACUACCGCAUCCUGCUGCCGCUCAUGGGUGCAGUGGGUCUGGCCUACUGGGUCUCCUCAGUGGCCAACCGCAAGAAGCCCGUUCUCUCACACACCAAGCUCGCCCCCGGCUCUGCCGCAGCCUUUGCUGCAGCCGGCGGGCACGGCGACUCAGCCCUCACGCUCUACUCACCCCUGGGCACUGUCAUGAACGGCCAUGCCUCUCACCAGCAGAAUCUAUCCCUUCUGCAUGAGCACCACCACUCGACUCAUUUCGGGGGGCCGCCGCUGUCCCCGACGCAGCUUCGGGCGUCUUCGUCUAUUUCGUGGCAUAGGGGGAGUGGCAGCAGCAGUACUGGUGGUGGGAGUGGUGCGGAGGAAAUGGAGUUGUGUGCGGUGGAGGGGUUUGCAGGGGGUGUGGAGGCGGCUUUGAGUGUGGAUAGACUGCUGGACGAACUAAAGGUGGCUGCAGCAAUGAGCACCACAUUUGUGUCGGUUCGAGCAGACGCCACUGUGAGAGAAGCUGUGCUGGCUCUCCUAGAAGGCCGUUCAGACUGUGCCAUGGUGGUGGACGCAGAGGGGCUGCUGGAAGGCACACUCUCUCUCACUGAUGUACACCGGGAGCUUCGCCGAUCCUCCAUUAUCAGUGCGGCCGGCACGGCCAGCCACCGAGGCUCGGCGAUCGCCGGACCUGGAGGCUCGGCACGAAGCUCGGUUGCGGGUGGAGUGGGUGGUGGUUCGGGAGGAGGGGGAGGGGGAGGAGGGGGGAGUCAUAGAGGAUCGGCGGUGUCGGUAGGGCUUAUGCCAGUGGGAGGAGUGGGAGGAAUGGGAGGGGUGGGAGGGUUGGACAGGGCAUUGUCACACAGAGCUUCGGUCGCUGCCUCUGAACUGGCUCCUGUAGGCGUGGAGGUGCACGAGAUGCUGGUGGGAGCGGUCUGCACCAGUACCACAGCCCACGGGGACCCCGACCUUGUUGUGUGCUUCCCAGACCAGACGCUGCGCGCCGCCCGCCACCUAAUGCUGCCGAGGAACCUGACGGUGCUGCCUGUGGUGUCUCGGUCCGGCAAGCGGUGGCAGGACCGGGGGAGGAAGCUGGUUGGAGUCCUGGAAGCUUCAGCAAUCCGUGCCACAUGCCAAGCGGAGGCAACCCGUCGGAUAUUGGGAGUACUGGAGGAACCACAAGAAGCAUCACAUGGUGCUGGUGGUCAUUGA